GUCAUUGAAAUCUGCUGUCUUUGCUUCAUGCUUCAGGAACAUAUGUACUGUCACUACAAUUAUGAAGUGGCAGAACUGAUGAUGAUGACUGAACCCUGGAUGACAACUCCAAACCUGGGAGGCCAAAAAUCUCACUUUGUCACGGUGGAAGUGCACGGCUAAGAGCGUACCAGGAUUGGGUGAGGAGGCAUCAAAAGUACAUUACAUGCAAAGGCUUAUAGUUUGUGAAAAUGUGAAAUGGGACACUGUACAAUAAACAUCCAUUAAAUCUAGGAUGUGCUCCUGAAUGGACUUGGCUCCGUUGGUGUAUCACUACUGCCUAUAAUGAAACUACUGCAACGAACUAACGUAACUAACUAGAGUUUGAAUAAUUUGAAAGCAUUCAACAGCACCAGACUGAAACUAACUAAGUUAUUUUCGAAUAAUCAGCCAUUGUAACACCACGUCUCCGUGAAAGACUAAUUCCAAUAUGCUUUACAUACGACACAUCACAAUCUUGUUAACAGGAAUUAUGUUAUCCAUCACUGGAUCAACUGCAAGAAAGGAUGUAUUUAAAGUGGGUAGAAUCCCCGGGAAUGUCAACCUAGGUUUUGUCCUUCCAGUACACAACAGACGCACCGGACUACAUGCCUGCGGUGAACUGGAUCCAACUAGCAUCAUGCGGCUAUUUACAAUCAAAUAUGUUCUACAUCAGUUAAAUUAUGGCAGUGAGUCCAUAUUGGAGGGGACUGGAAUAAAGAUCGGAGCUUACAUCAUUGACAGUUGCCAUAGCGACGCAUACGCGAUGGAUCAAGCGCUCGAUUUUAUAAGGGGGCGUUAUGAAAAUAACUCAAACAAUCCCAGGAUAUAUGGCGUUGUUGGAGCGGCGUCGAGUACACUUUCCAUAGAGCUGACAAAUUUUCUAAGGAUCUUUCAUAUACCACAAAUCAGCUACGAAAGCACGAGUGAACAGUUGAGCAACUCAGAGCGUUUUCCAUUUUUCUUCCGAACUGUGACGUCAGACGCUCACAUGGUUCCCGCCAUGAAAGAACUGCUGCGCACAUUUAACUGGACGUAUGCAGCCAUUGUUUAUGAGGACUCUAAUUACGGUCGAUCGGCGGUCGGCAUUAAGGGUGCGCUUGGUGCUUGUUUCGCAACGAGGCAGGUCAUCCCUCGUGAUACAGCCCAUGCGUAUGAUGGAGACUACGACAAAAUAAUCCAACAUAUUAUAAAAAAGAGAAAAGUAAGAGUCAUACUGGUGGUAGCACUUGCCAAAGAUGCCUUGCGGAUUUUCUUAGCAGCAAAGCGAGCAGGCGUGCAGAACAGAUAUGUUUGGAUAGGAACAGAUGGAUGGAGCACCGAACUCAAUGAUCAUCCUGAGGUUAAUGACGUCAUGGAGGGAUCUCUGGCUGUUAUGACCACUUCGAGUCCAAUAGAAGGACUCGAGUCAUUUGCUAAAGAUCUACUUAUGAAGGAAGCUAAAGUUGACAUGUCGAUCACAAGCCGACAUCCCUGGAUCAGAGAAUUCUUAGACAAGUAUUUCAACUGUCCAAAACAUAGAAAAUAAUUUCAGAUGGAGCACUCAGCAGAAUAUACUAAUUCGACAGUUGGACUGAACACUCCUGCUAAAUCGAGCAUUGUGUAUUCUGAACUGUGUGGAAUAGAACAGCUCAUCAACAAUGGAGGAUUAAAUAUGAAUCACCUUCGAAUGGAUUAUUUGGCAAACGCUAUACUGGCUUUCGCACACGCAUUCAAGCGCCUCCAUGUUGAAUUGUGUGAGGGUCAAGGUCAAAGAUGUCACGUGCAAUUCCAAAACGAGAUAAAUGGAGAUAUGAUAUUGAGGCAUCUUUCAAACGCUAGCUUUACAGGAAUACAUGGUGAAAAGAUCACAUUCGAUGUACACGGGGAACCAAAGCCUCGUUAUAGCUUAAUGAAUUAUGUCAAAGAUGGCGAUAGUUAUAGAUGGAGGGAAGUAGGACAAUUUAAUUUCCAGGAGGGAGAAUCCCAACUUGAUUUACAUUCUGAGAUAGUUUUUAAGGAGCACAUUAGACGGCUGCCCAAAUCAGAAUGUUCCACCAGCUGUCUUUCAGGGGAAGUCAGGAUUCUAACAAAAGAUGGGGAUAGAAGAUGUUGUUGGAGUUGUGCCCCAUGCGAAGUUAACGAGUUCAUGAAAGAUGCCUAUACCUGUGAGAAAUGUGAUGUCGGAACCAAACCAAAUGUGACUCAAUCAGGGUGUGUAGCCAUUGAACCAAUUUACUUAUCAUAUGAAAAUCCUUGGGCGAUCGUCAAUAUGAUCAUAGCUUCGUGUGGAAUUUGUGCAACGUUAGUGGUAAUUGGAAUAUUUUAUCUCAACAAAAAUACAACCAUAGUGAAGGCAUCUGGAGGGACAUUGAAUUUCAUUCUUCUUUUCGGGGUACUUCUUUCCUACGCAGUGACGUUUAUUCUCGUUGCCAAACCAACGGGUUUUACAUGUGCGGUGUCACGAUUAAUACCGGGACUAUGCUAUACAUUCUCGUAUGCUCCCGUCUUUACAAAAACUCACAGGAUAUCGAAAUUAUUUAACAAAAGAAGCUUUGGACGGCAUUCAAAGGAUAUUACUGAAAAAUGGACAGUAUUUUUGACGUGUCUUUUGAUAUUUGUUCAAGUCCCAAUAGUAGGCAUAUGGCUACAUUUCGAUCCACCCGGAACUACUUUACAAUAUAAUGAUUACCAGACAACGGUACUCAUCUGCAAAGGGGCGGGAGAUUUUAGCUAUCUGAUUGGAUUGGCGUAUCCAUUUGUCCUAAUUCUGUUCUGUACUCUAUAUGCGAUACAAAGCAGAAACAUUCCAAAUGUUUUCUCAGAAAGUAGAUAUAUCGCAUUUACAAUGUACUCGACGUGUGUUAUUUGGCUGGCCUUCAUACCUGUGUACAUGGUGACUCUGAGUAACAUACCCCUCCGCGUGACGUCAAUAUGUAUAACACUAGGAUUGGAUGCAUCUGUAACUCUUGGGAUGCUAUUCGGGCCCAAGGCAUAUGUUAUUUUAUUUCGUCAGGACCAUAAUCAGAGGGACUAUUUUCUUCAAAAGACAAUGGAAUUUUCUCAAAAAGUUACCGCGCACCAAAUGAAUUCUAAACUUGGGAAACACGGUAGUCACAGUAGUUUAAGCUUUGACAGUGUUGCACAAAAUAAAGCGUCGACUCCAGUACAUUCUCGAAAUUAGAGAAGCUUAGUAACACAUAUUUGUGAGAACAAAUACGUGAACGAGGAACAUUAUUGCCGAUGCGAUUCUUGUCCCCAGGGAACAAUACUGUAUCAGUACGUCCUCGUUCAUAUUUCUCAAAACAAUGCCAUAUCGAUGCAUAUGACAAUGAAUAACAAUAGUGAAUCUGAUAGUAGCAAGUAUAGAUAGCGCACGUUACAAAUAUAUAGUAAGACAUCGUUUUGUGAAAUAAAUGAUAUUAUUUAUUUGAAA